CGCGUCCGUGGAUCAGUUGGCCUUCUUCGUGUUCGUCUACCUUCUUCUGCUAUCCACACACGACAUACACGUAUCACUGUCAUUGCAGUCCAAUUAGGGCCCCCGCAGACUGCAGACUUUCUAUCGGCCGAUAGUUUAGUCGGGUUGGGCUGCCAGUGCGCACGCCGAGCCAACUAAACAGUUUGGUUGGUGGAGAGUGCGCAUACUAGCCAACAGUCGGCCGAUGAUUCUUAAGCUAUUUACGAUUCACUAGUUUGUAUCUGACUGUUGAAGUAGCUGUCGCACAAUGAAAGUAAAUACAAUAUUGUCCAGAAAUGUUAUUAUUGCUCUGAUACAACGUAGGAGGAAAAUCAAGAAAAGAUUCCGAGAGUACUGGGUGCAUCCCAUUCUCAGUGAUAGAUUAGUUGCUGGAAAAUUUUACACAAUGCAUUCCAAAUUACUGGAUUAUCCGAGAAAAUUUUUUGCCUUUUAUCGAAUGAGCAUAACCAGCUUCAAUGAACUUGUCAAGCUAAUUGGACCAGCAAUAGCGAAGGAGGAUACAAAUUUAAGGCUUUCUAUACCUGUGGAGCAGAGAUUGAGCGUUACGAUAAGAUAUCUGGCUACUGGAGCUAGUUUCAAUACAUUAUCUUUUGAUUAUCUGAUGGGAGCUUCUACAAUACGAGACAUUACUAAAACUACAUGUGAGCAAAUAUGGAAUGUGCUUCAACCAUUGUAUAUGCCAAUCAAAUAAGAAGGCGACUGGAUUAAAAUCGCAGACGAAUUCUAUAGUCGCACAAAUUUUCCAAACAUCAUUGGAGCGAUAGAUGGCAAACAUAUACGGAUGAUACAGCCAGAACAUUCCGGUUCGUCAUAUUUUAACUACAAAAAGUUCUUUUCUUGCGUGUUAAUGGCUUGGACAGACGCAGAUUAUAAAUUUGUAUACAUUGACGUUGGUUCUUAUGGAACAGCUAGCGAUUCGGAAAUAUUAAAAAGAUCAGAAAUGGGUAAACGGCUUUCUGAAAAUCGAUUAUAUAUUCUCUCCGGAAGGCAUUUGCCUAAUGAUGAUGUGGGGGAUGUUAUUCCAUUCUCUGUCGUAGGGGAUGAGGCGUUUGGACUUGGGAAUCACCUAUUACGUCCACAUGCAAAAAGAAAUUUAAACUACACCAAACGAAUUUUCAACUAUAGACAUACAAGAGCUCGACGAUUGGUUGAGUGUACAUUUGGGAUUCUCGCUAACAAAUGGCGUAUUUUUCACCGACCAAUAGAUGUCAAUAUCACUUUUUGUGUCCGAAUUAUUAAAGCUUGCUGUGUCCUGCAUAAUUAUGUAAGAAUCAAAGAUGGACUAAAUUUUACAGAAACUCUCUACAGCUGUCCCAUGGAUAACUUGACUAUAAAUGAAAACAACCGAGGAAAAAAUAAUAUGAAUAACGUGCGACAGUACAUGUCGUCAUAUUUUAUUUCUCCUGGAGGCGCAAUUCCGUGUCAAUAUAACAAAGUGUAAUAAUGUAGUAAUUAAUGUAAUAAUAAAUGUAAUAAGUAUUCAGCUACACCUACGUACAUAAAUAAAAAUUCACAUGAAG